UCAUGGUUGCUAUGACUACCGUAGCGUCUUCACGUAAGGACAAUCAUUUUAAUCGGCUAGUAUUAGCCUACUCUACAUGCUGUAAAUAUUCAAACUAUUACAUUUGAGAUCGUGUGUGAAGUUUGAAGAGGAUAUAGCCUUGGAUACGAGCCACUGAGUAAUUUUCCAGGUUAAUCUGAUGAAGAAGUGAUGGCGGAUCUACUUAGAGACAAACGAGAGAAACAAGAAAAGAAAGUUGAUAAAAUGCCUGCAGAUGGAACCAGGGACAAAGAAAAAGCCGGUGGAACUGAGGACCCUAUGAUCACUGCUUAUGGUUUGGAUGAGCAAGGGAACCAUGAAGAUUUCCAUGCUGCAGAGAUGGAUCCCACCCAUCAACUGGGUAAAUUAACCCAUCACUGGUGCCUUGGUAUCCAUAACAUAAGAAGCAUUUUUGUGUUUGUGUGUGUUUGUGUGCACACAGGUCCCUCUAAACCGUUUCCCGUCACUGACGUCUUAAAAAUACUGAAGGAAGAAAUCGACAACAAGCUUCAAGGAGAAAAAUAUGAAGUACAGCGCAGUCGAGAACUGACCCUAACUCUCUGUGAAGUGAUAAAGAACCGUGUGAAGCAGCUUCAGAUCCCCAGAUACAGAAUUGUGGUCAAAGUCCACAUCGGCCAGAUCAUCGGGCAGGGGAUACAAACCAGAAGCGGCUUUCUGUGGGACCCGUCCACCGACACCUUCGCAUCUCACUCCUUUCAAAACGAUUCUCUGUUCUGCUGUGCCGCUGUAUUCGCCGUCUAUUUUGAGUAACUCACAGGAAAUCUGUCAUUCGUCAGUAAUUUGUUUCUCUUGGUUAAAUUGUGAAAAUUAAAGAAGAACUUAGGACAAACAUUCAUGAUGCUUUUUUAAUUCUCUGCUUAGAAAGGUAAAUCAUAGAAUUACAGAAACCUUUUUGGACUCAAAUGUUGACAUUUUAGAGCGACAGCGUCCUCUCUAGCACAGCAUGGACAGCUCACUUCUUCUGCAGCCUUUUUGACAGCAUGUUGUUAUCAGAGCUUGGUCCUGGUCCCUCCGAUGAUAAUCCACUGGAGCAUCACUUGCCUUCAGGAAGUCUGUCUCUUCUUGGUUUUCUGCCCCAAAAACUGUUGAAGAACAGAAAUAAAUCAAAGUUAAAGUUUAGAUCUGAGCUAAAACAUCAGUUUAUCAAGCUGAUUGUCACGUACCGUCUGGCAAGAACCCCGUCUCCUCCAGCUGUCUUCUCCAUCUGGACGCCCCACAGGUGAACACCAAAGCUCGCACCAGGGCCCGGCCACAGAGCCUCAGCGAGUUCCUCUUCUCCUGAGCCUGAACGUGUGCCGCACACAGCACGCAGAGCAAUACAGCGGCAAGCUGGAGCGAUGAUCUCAUGUUGUUCAUCUUCAGUCUACACCUGUCCUGGCCAGCCGUUAUAAAUACAGCCUCCACCAAGCCUUCCUCUGUAAAAAAAACAUUUGUUAUCUUUGGAAAUCAUCUUGUGCUUUUACCAAGCGGA